UUGUGACAUUUUUAUUGAAUGCAAGUUGAGCUUUUGAAAGAUGCAGAUUAGCUUUAUAGUGUUUUGUGUCUCUUUGUGUAUCCUGUCCCCUCAACUGUCAAGGACCCAUGGGAUGACCCUUAGGGGUUUAGAGAAAAGGGGAUGGACACUGAAUAGUGCUGGAUAUCUCCUUGGACCUUAUGCACACAGAACACUCACUGUACGACAUGGAGCCAGUGUGGGCAAGCGGGACAGCACAGAGGAGUCGAUCCUGCCAACUCAUCAGCCUUCAUAUAGAUCUGUAGCAGAUGAGUCAUAUCUCCAUGCACUCAUGAAAAUGUUUAUGUAUUUACGGAUGAAAGAUGAUGAAAACAUUCAAGACUUGAUCAGCGCUUCAUUUACUGAUGACAUGACCCGAUAAAAGAAACGGCUUUCAGUAACCUUUAUCAACAGAUAAACACUUAUACUCUCCUCCUAUAUUUAUAUUAAUUCUGACUUAAAUAACAAAGUCUUUUGUAUAACCCUAAUGUUUGCAGAAUAAUUCACAACAGGUAAUUCAAUUACACUAAACAUCAAAAGCAAAGCUUUCUUACUCCUUCUUUAUCGAAUACUCUCAAACAAUUAACUCUCAUUAUCCAUAGUCACUUGUUUUUUAGUUUAAAGGCAGUUAAUGAACAUGAUGGGACCUUUAGCAAGGCCCUUAACUCUUAACUGCUCAGUUAAAAGUCACUAUGGAAAAGGGUGUCUGCCAAAUACCAUAAAUAUAAGUGUAAGCUGUUUUCAGAUUUACCUCGAUAGCUCACAGGUCUCUCUGCAUACAAAUUAUGUCAAGAAAGAAAAAAUAUUGGCAGAAUAUUAAUGUAAGAAAUAAACAUGAAACAUGAAUACACCAUUCAUCAGUAGACCUAUGCACAGCAACAGUUUGGCAGCAUGAAAACUUAAAACUUAAAAAAUACACAAAAUUACUGUUUACACAGGGGACAGUGUGUGUAAUAUUAGUUUUUUUUUGCAAGAAAAAACAUGAAACCAGUCUUGAAUACAUACAAUUAUCUGAAAUGUGACUAAAAGUUCUGAAAUGACAUGCUUUGUAUUCUGAGGAAAUGCCUUUUCAUAUGUGAGGAGGCUCUGCAGGAGACACUGUUCUUAUUUUAAAAAGGGGAAGCGUACAUGCAUGCUUGGCUAACAACGCAUAAAAUAAUGUUUUAAACCUGGAUGGCCUUCUGGUCAAAUUAGCAAUUGCAUUUUGAAGUUCAUGCCAUCACUAAGACUAGAGAGUUGAGCAGAAUUGUUGUAGUCAAAAUACAUAUUAGAAUAGCUAUUUAAAUAUGAUUGAUUUAACUGCUCAAUGAUGUAAACAAAAAGUAUUUGAUAAAUUAAUUGAAUUAAUCUCUUGUAUUGUAUUCGUAUUUAUUGUCUUAGUGGCUCAUCUUUGGUACAAAAAUAAAAUAAGUGAAAUUAGUAUUUUAAGUUACAUUUAUAGAUCAAUUUAUAAACACUGCUUAUGCAGAAAUAUAUAAAUACAUCAGCAUUAAGUAACUGGGCUCUUGAUUAUGCUUGCUUUCCAUAUUUAUGUUUGGGUGAAUGUUUUUAUUUAUUUUCUUUUUAAUUUAUAUCUGUACAAGUGUUUAUUGAAUUGUGAUAUGGAUUGGUGUGUGUACAUUGUAAUGUUAUUGUUGCAUAAAAGUGAUUCCUAACUGGCCAUAACUUUUUUAUUUAAAUGUGACAGUAUUUAUGGUAAAAAAUAAACAGCAAAGGAUUUGCUGAAGCAUGCAUUUAAGCAAAGGAAAAACAUCAAAACUCUGCUUAGCUAAUGCAGAACUAAAACUUGAGAACCCUUGUCGACGUGGAUGCUCAGAGACACAUUCGGCCACUUGGGGGCAGUAUGUCACCAAAGUCUUACAAGACUGAAAACGAAUAAAAGGUGUCGUGUAAAAUAUCAUAUAAGCUGAA